AUGGAUGAGCAAGACUCAGCUGGUCCUGGAGCAGAAAGAGGCCAUGGCAUUGACACUGGGAGCAGUGGGGGAUUCUGGGAAAGCUCCAUGCAGAAGAUCCUGGGAGAGGAGGACACCCUUCGCUCAGAGGCGCAGAGCCAGCAGUUGAGGCAGUUCUGCUCCCAGGAGGCUGAAGGACCCCGAGAAGUUUGCAGCCAACUCUACCGCUUUGACCAUCAAUGGCUGAAGCCAGAAAGGCACACGAAAGCUGAGAUGCUGGACCUGGUGAUCUUGGAGCAGUUCCUGGCUGUCCUUCCAGCGGAGAUGGAGAGCUGGGUGAGGGAAUGCGGAGCGGAGACCAGUUCCCAGGCAGUGGCCCUGGCCGAAGGUUUCCUCCUGAGUCAGGCAGAGGAGAGGAAGCAGGUGGAGAAGCAGCAGGUGAGAGAGACUUUCCUCUGGAUGCUUCCAAAGGGCUCCAAACAGGAGGGAGAAGAUCCUUUUUUUGGAAAGCAUCCAAGGAAUAAGAUCGGAUACUCCUAAAGUUUUUGCCUCUGCAAAACUCUCUGAAAUCUUUGUUUCUCUUUCAGGGAAAGGAUCUGUUUGCAGAAAUGGGUCCUGAUUCGUCUGAGGCAGAGAGGAUUCCAUUGGUCCCCAGGAAGUGGCUGCUGGGUAAGGAAGGAGUUUUGAUUCUGUUUGCUACAUUCUGUGGAUUUUGAAUCUACCCUGUGGAUUCUUUCCAACUUUUAGUGGAAGGCACUUGGGGCCCAGAGAAGGGGAGAUGUAUUUUUACACAACUAGAAUAUGAAAUAGGUUGGGACACUGAAGUGGACUCAGCUGGGGAGACAUUCAGAGAACCCUAAAAUUGUAGAGUUGGAAGAGUGAGCCCAAGGGACAUCUAGUCCAACCAUCUGCAAUGCCAUCGUUCUCAACUAAAGUAUCCACAACCAAUUAAAACCCUCUGUUGAAAACCUCUGAGAAAGGAGAGUCCACUACCUUCCAAGCGAUAAAUGAUUUUUUUCUCGGUUUUUUCACAUUCUGUGGAUUUUGAAACUAAUCUGUGGGUUCUUUUCAUCUUUUCCAGAAAGAUAUCUGAAGCCAAGAGACCAGAGGAGGGGAGAUGUAUUCUUGCACUACUAAAAUAUGAAUUGGAUAGAAAUGCUAAAAUGCACUCAGCAGGGAAGACUUUUCUAAGGCCCACCUGUAGUUAGAGAUGCACUGUUUCACCUCUGAGAGAAACACCAUGCACUCCUGGCUUCCCACUUACCUUUGUCUCUUGCAGGUGACAGAAGGAUGCCAGCAAGACCUUCUCAUCCUUCUUUCCAUGGUGGCAAAGUGCAAGUAGCGGCUGUGGAACCAGAUCAGGUAGGGAGAAAGAGCCUUGUGGGCAAAGAGGCUGAGAGGUGGGGCAGCCAGGGUGCCUCUGGACCCAAACAAAUCACUCUCCUCCUCUUUGCUUCUGUCACAACUGCCCUUAAAAAGUCCAAAAAUGCCAUUUGAGAAGGUUUAUCUGCUGAAACUGUUACCGGAAAAAUCCGAGGGCUCCCUUGGACAAAAAGUAAAGACACCAACCAGAGUAAAUUGGAGCAAAUCAGCAGCCUGUAGGCUUGGCCUUUACUGAACUGUUGCAACAGGGUGCUCCCCUCACUUGCAGGAGAGAGGAAAGACACAGAAAAAUGGUGUGCAAGGCCUUAUAAAAACUUUUGAAAUUCCCACCCUGUAGAUCAAGACAACCCCCAGAAACAUCAUGCAUACAUCACAGAAAGGAGAGGUUGAGGGAGGAGUUGUGGUGGUAACCUGAGUGUCCUGUCACCUGGCUGGUUCCCCCUUUCCCCCUCCCCAUGAGUACUUUCCAGGUGACAGAGGGGAGUUUGCAGUUUCCUGCCCCCAGAGGGAAGAUCUGAUCAUUGUCCUUUGUUCCAGUCCAUGCUGAAUCCACUCCCAUAUGCAAGUGUCUUUGUGAUCUUGAUUGUCUUCUGUCUAGGACCAUCAGGGUUGGCAUAGCAACUGGGCAGGGCUCCUGUGGAUGUGCUGGAAUGUUCAAGGGAUUAUGGUGGCCUGUAUCAAACCUUCCCCAUUUUGUAGUCCUUCCUUCAUGGAGUAAAAGAAAAGUGGAACAGUGCAAAUCCGAUGUAUGGUUGCUUUUCUAUGAAUUUAUAACAGAAGCGUAGCGUAUGUAGUGUGUGAGUGUGUGUGAAGUUUGUACAGACUGAAUGAUUGGAGGGGGGGUUUCCUGCAACAAAACUAAUGAACGGCCACCUCACUUUAACUUUCCUUCUGAAUGUUGCUAAUUUAUCAGUUGUUGCAGUUUAAUUUGUUUAUUUUUUGUGAAAUACUAAAAUACACUUCUCACCAAUUUACAAACUGUAAAGAACAGGAACCAGGAUUAACCCUUACCAGCCCCAUCUCUUGGAAAAUACGGCUUUCCCCACCCUCUCCUCCUUGUGCCCCUAUGUACCCCUUGAAGUUGGCCUUAGGGCAUUGGGAGGGCCCCCCCCCACCAAUGUACACAAUAAAAUACACAAGAAAACAAUUCUAUUAAGAUAUUGAAAGGAGCAUCUAUUCUUAAAAUAUGUCGGAAAACAAUCCCAUGAAAACAACAGAGCAAUUAACAGGCAGGAAACAAAAGCGCAAUGUGAAGUAGAUGAUCUUUUUCUUUUUAAAAAAAAGAUAUUUAUUGAGAAUUUUCAGGUUACAAAGAAAAAAAAGAAGGAAAAAAUAAGAAAAAAAAAGAAAGAGAAAGAAAAGAGUAGAUAAAAGUAACAAUUAAACAAUACAAAUCAAUCAAAAAGAAAAAACGAAACACACAAUGCAACACAAUCAAAAAACAAAAAUAUACAACAAAUUUAAAAACAAAUCCAAUAUUCCCAAAUCCUUAACUUUCAUUAACUUAUUUCAUCGACCUCCUCACACCUCCCUUUUUUGUAUUCUAGUUGUUAAUUAUCUCAGCAAAUCCUUUCCGUCUUUCACAAUAUUCUGUCAUUAAAUUACCUUAAUCUAUUUUAAACCUUAUCUUACCAUAAAAAACCUUAAAACUUAAAACUUAUUUAUACCGAAUUCUUUUAACCAUAACAUAUUCUUACAUAAUUCUUUUUAACAUUUCUGCUAAAGCCAAUUAAUUUCAUUCCAACAUUUUUCUGAUACUCAUUAAUUUUGCGAUACUUUUCUAAAUAAUUUUUUAAAACUUUCUUCCAAUCUGCAUCCAUCGUCUCUUCUCCUGGUCUUGGGUUUUGUCAGUCCUUUCUAUCCCAUCCAUCUAGUCCAUCAACCUGGUGACCUUAUAUCCGAGGCUCUUAAGUCUUUUCCAUGUCCCUUCCGCAGGUCUUCUUCAUGUUUAUACCUGUACUUUACUUUGUCUUCUUCUCCUUUCACUCUGGGUUACUCCAACUUGACAAUAUUUUUGUCCCUUCUCGACAAGUCAGCCCCUUUUCCAUAGUCAACACUGAAAUCCAUGUGGUAUUUAAAGGCAUGUUUCAAGGCCCCUCCAAAAUUAGGGGCCCCCACAACUCCGAGCUCCCCCCAGCCUAAAGCCGGACUUGAAAAAUCAAAACAUCUCUGCAUAGGGGGGUCCAUCCAGCCCCCCAUCUCCAAACCAAGCAGAACUCUCUCUCUCCAAAUCUGACUUUUUCCAGGCUCAUUCAUCAAAUCCAACGACUCAUGUUCCUGCUGGGCCACAACUCCCUCCAUCUCUGCCACCCAAGGUCCAGCAACAGCCUCCUCCCUCAUCUCAUCUGUCAAAGCACAUUCCUGGAUUAAUUCCUGAGUGGGUUCUAUAUAGGUACCCACUGACUGUCCAAAAUUUCCUAUCGCAACUGUCAUCAAAUCCAUUUUCUCAUGUAACUGUUCCAAUAAAGCACUUGUCUUGCAAAAGGCAAGCACCAGAGCUUCGGAGCACAUUCUUGUUCAAGGUUGAAGUCUGGUCCCACGAUCUUAAUCUUUUACAGCUGCAAAACUCCCCAGUUCGGCUUUAAUAACAGUUUCCCGAGCUCCCUCUAGGGGAAACAAUUUCUAUUUGUAUCCAUCUUUUUUUCCUUUUUUCUUUAAAGGCAGAUUUAGCAACAAAGUUUUCCUUUUUCAGAUAUUUUGUCAAAGUUUUGUUCCUUUUAAAAGCGAAAGGGAACAAUGGAAUCAAUAUGUUUCUGUUCUUUUAAAUAACUGUCAAAGACGUUUGUCCAUAGUCAAUGAACUUCUCCAAAACGUCUGUCUCAACACCCCGCUCCAGGUUCAAGACGGUGGAAAAUUACCUUUCUUUACUCUCUCUUCUGCAGGUUUAAACAGUCUAAAAAAGGUUCCCCCCUCUUCUCCUGCUUCCAAGGGGGGUUCAGUAACUUUAAAUGAUGAAAAUUUAGUUCUUUACAAAUGACUUUCUGAACUCUAGCUUGCCGUGUCUUUGCUUCAAUCUAUCUACAAAAGCGGAAGGCGGACUUCCUGUUUAGACCUUCCCGCUUUCGAUGCCUAAUUAAAAAAAAUUUCACAGUCCAAUUUUCCGUUCUACUCACGGGCAGUUGUUUGAAAUCCAAUUGUUCACAGGAAAAAGUCAGCGCUCUCCGGCAACAGCAAUGCGGCUUCACUCCGUGAAAGAAGCAGUUGAUUCAAAGCACCGCGCCACUCACCCCAUGUCGCUCCAGAUCCCCAAAACCGGGUUUCCCCGCGAGUGGAGGGGGCGCAAAGGUGCCAGCCGAAUCCCACGUCCACAGGCUUCUCCCGCCUGUGGUUUUUGAUGGGUCUCCGCCUCGCCGUGGCGGUUCAGACCCUGUUUUCCACGGAGUGGAUUCCUCCCGAUCGGAGGAAAUCCGCCAUUGCCAGAGGCGCCAACCCGGGUGAAGUAGAUGAUCUUUAUGCUAAGUGGAGGAACUUUUCCUUUUCCUUUUAGGGUUCAUUGUGCUUUGAAGAUGUAGCUGUUCAUUUCACGGAAGAGGAGUGGGCGUUGCUGGAUCCUGACCAGAGAACUCUGCAUAAGGAAGUCAUGGGGGAGAAUCGUGGGAUCCUAGACUCUCUUGGUAAGGCUCCCUGUUGGAUCAUAAUUUCUGUUUUGAAAUUCUCUAUGUGAUGAACCUCCAAUAUUUUGAUGUUCAAGAGCGCUACCUACCACAUCUGGGAUUCUAACACCCCUACAGCACACCUUGAAUGGAAGGCUAUCAAGUGUUUUGUCUGUGAAUACUCUUCCUCCAAUUCUGCCUUUUAAAGCAUGCGUCAGGCUGGUCUGAACUGGCCAGGCCCUUUAAAGGUAGCCUUCAGCGUGGUUAGGGAAACUGAAGUAGCUUCUGUCAGGUAUUUUUAUUUCAUAGAAUCAUAGAAUUGUAAGUUUGCUUCUGUCCGUUUUUGGUUGACUAAACAGAUGACAGACAUUGGAGAUGGAGUGGAUUCUAUGAUUGGGCCAAACAAAGUUUGCCCCCCAAAACAGCCAGACUUUUCAAAUCUCAGCUUCCCAUAAAUAUGUCUGUGAAUCUAACUCUCUUCCUGUAUCACUGCUGUGUCCAACCAGUCCAUGGCAAACCACCUACAGUGCAGCAAUCCCAAUUAAACCAUCCAUGACAGGUGGUCAUCCUACCUCUGCUUGAAAACUACCCAUGAAGGAGAGUCUACCACUUCCUGCUGGAGACGUUCUACAGUCGAAAAGCUCUUACUGUCAGAAAGUUCUUCCUAAUGUUUAGUUGGAGUCUCCUUUCUUGAAUUCAUUGGCUUGGAUUCUACUCUCUGGAGCAGGAAAAAACAAGCUUGCUUCAUCUUUCAUAUGACAACCCUUUAGAUAUUUGAAGAUGGCUGUCAUAUCUUCUUUCAGUUUUCUCUUUUCCAGGCUAACAUACCUAAUCCCCUCAACUGUUCCUCACAAGGCUUGGUUUCCAGACUGAUCACACACAUUCCAGCUUGUCAACAUCCUUCUUAAAUUGUGGUGCCAAGAACUGGUGUGGUCUGACCAAGGCAGAAUAGAGUGGGUCCGUUCCUUCCCUUGAUCUGGACACUUGAUGCAGCCUAGAAUAGCAUUAGCAUUUUUUGCUACUGCAUCACACUUAUGCCACGUGGUAAGCUUGUGGUCUGCUAAGAGCCCUAGCACCUUUUCACAUGUACCACUUGCAAGCCAGGUGUUCCCUAUCUUGUUUCUGCAGAUGUUAUUCCUGCCUAACCAAAGGCACAAAUAUAAGUUGGCAGACAAAAAAGGCACUGAACCCUGUAGUAAGGCCUCACUUCUAACUCUCUUUGGUUCUCCCUCUAUCACAAGUGUUGAUUAGCAUUGUUCUGUAAUCUGGGAUUCUACCUCUUCCUGAGGAUCUAAUCUGUUUCUAUCUUUGUUGCAGGUGGUGAUAAUUUGGAGAUUAAGAACAAAGGGGACAACGCCAAAAUCAAGAAAGUGGAAAUGCCACAUACAUAUUUGGAGGUGGCUGAGAGCUCCCAUUCCACUUCCCAUAAAAGAACCCCAGUGGGGAAGAAACCAUAUCAGUGCUUGGAAUGUGCAAAGAGUUUCAGUCAGAAGGCCAAGCUCACUUCCCAUCAAAGAAUUCACACAGGGGAGAAACCCUAUCAGUGCUUGGAAUGUGGACAGAGGUUCAGCCGGAAGGAUAGUCUCACUUCCCAUCGAAGAAUUCAUACAGGGGAAGAACCGUAUCAGUGCUUGGAAUGUGGAAAGAUCUUCAGUCAGAGAGCCCAUCUCACCGCCCAUCAAAGAAUUCAUACAGGGGAGAAACCAUAUCAGUGUCUGGAAUGUGGAAAGAGCUUCACCUGGAAGGUAAAUCUCACAGCCCAUCAAAUAAUUCAUACAGGGGAGAAACCAUAUCAGUGCUCAGAAUGUGGAAAAAGCUUCAGUGGGAGGACCAAUUUUGUUGCUCAUCAAAGAAUCCAUACAGGAGAGAAACCAUAUCAGUGCUUGGAAUGUGGAAAGAGCUUCAUCUGGAAGAAAAAUUUCACUUACCAUCAGAGAAUUCAUACAGGAGAGAAACCAUAUCAGUGCUCUGAAUGUGGAAAGAGCUUCAGUGUGGGGGCCAAUCUCAUAGCCCAUCAAAGAAUUCAUACAGGAGAGAAACCAUAUCAGUGCUUAGAAUGUGGAAAGAGGUUCAGUGCAAGGACUAAUCUCAUGGCCCAUCAAAGAAUUCAUACGGGAGAGAACCCAUAUCAGUGCUUGGAAUGUGGAAAGAAGUUCAGUCGGAAGGAAAGUCUCACUUCCCAUCAAAUAAUUCAUACAGGGAAGAAACCAUAUGAAUGCUCUGAAUGUGGAAAGAGCUUCACUCAGAAGAAAAGUUUCACUUCCCAUCAAAGAAUUCAUACAGUGGAGAAAGUAAAUCAAUGCUUGGAAUGUGGAAAGAGCUUCACUGAGAAGCAAAGUCUCACCUUACACCUAAGAAUUCAUAUUGGUGAGAAACCAUAUCACUGCUUGGAAUGUGGAAAGAGGUUCACUCAGAAGGGAAGUCUCACUUUACAUCAAAGAAUUCAUACAGGGGAGAAACCAUAUAAAUGCUUGGAAUGUGGAAAGAGUUUCACUCAGAAGGGAGGUCUCACUUCCCAUCAAAGAAUUCAUACAGGGGAGAAACCAUAUCAGUGCUUGGAAUGUGGAGAGGGCUUCACUUACAAGGAAACUCUUACUUCCCAUCAAAGAAUUCACACAGGGAAGAAACCAUAUCAGUGUUUGGAAUGUAGAAAGAGCUUCAGUCAAAUCUCCUCUCUCAAUUCCCAUCAAAGAAUUCAUACGGGGAAGAAACCAUAUCAGUGCUUUGAAUGUGGAAAGAACUUCAAUACGAGGGGCCACCUCAGUUCCCAUCAAAGAAUUCAUACAGGGGAGAAACCGUAUCAAUGCUUAGAAUGUGGAAAGAGCUUUACUUGGAAGAGUAAUCUCACUUCCCAUCAAAGAAUUCAUACAGGAGAGAAACCGUAUCAGUGCUUGGACUGUGGAAAGAGCUUUACCCACAAGGAAAGUCUCACCUCCCAUCAAAGAAUUCAUACAGGGAAGAAACCAUACCAGUGCAUCGAAUGUGGAAAGAGCUUCACUCAGCAGGAAAGUCUCACCUCCCAUCAAAUAAUUCAUACAGGGUAG